AUGAGUUCAAGCUCAUUACCAGUUUCUAAAACUGUGGAGAAGUGGAGAGAGCAUCCUCCAUCUUCUUACUCCCUAAAGAUUCACAACUUCUCACAACUUGAGAACUCGACUGCUAACACUGACGAUAAAUACCAAUCUCGUCUUUUCUCCUCCGGUGGAUAUGACUGGAGAUUGAUCGUAUACCCAAAAGGGAACAAAAAGGACAAUGUAAGUGGGUUUAUCUCCAUGCACGUGGAAAUAGACAGCAAAAGCUUGAUGGUAUCCACACCACCAACUGAGGUUUUUGCUGAACUUCGUUUCUUUGUCUUCAACAAGAAACAAAACAAGUACUUCACUAUUCAAGAUGUAGAGGUAAAGAGGUUCAAUGCACUUAAAACGGUGUGGGGGUUGCAAGAAGUUCUUCCAUAUGAAACGUUCAUUAACCCUUUAAAUGGAUACGUCUACGAAGGUGGUCAGUGUGAGUUUGGUGUUGAUGUCAUUGUUGCUUCACCCCUUACCAAUUGGGAGAUCCUCUCUUUUAAUGAGAAACUCCCUAAUCCCAAGUUCUCUUGGAAUGUUAAGAACUUUUCUUCGUUGAAAGAGGAUGUUCACACAUCGAACAGUUUUUCAAUGGGAGGAAGGAAAUGGUGA